UUCUAUGGGAAGGGAAGCUCACCUGAUUUUGUUCCAUCUCUAAGCAGAUCACGUUAUUAAGAAGCUCAUUUAUCGAGUUUUCUUUCUCUAUUGCGUUAAAUUCAAUGUCAAGUCAAAUUGAAUCGAAGAAAAUACCUUCUUCUUUUCAAUUUCUUUUUUAGUCUGUUUCAAAAAAAAUUAUCUUUCUUUUUUUUUUGUUAACUUUUCAGUUAUAACUUUCCACGUGAUAUGUGUAUUUGACAGAUCUUUAGUUUAUGAGCAUAAAAUUCAGAAGUCUUUUUUACUUUCUUAAAUUAUGUGUCAAGUCAAAAGAUUACGAAGGAAGUAGUAACGUUCUCCGCUAUAAAAUCGUGGAUGUAACUAAGAUAUAUCAUCAGGACACCAAAUUUAUCUCUCUCCUAAUAUAUAAUGUUAUUAAGAAGCUCAUCAUCAUCGAGUUGCAUACUUAAUUCAUGGAUAUCCAACGUCAGGACCCCAUUAUCAACGUCCAUUCAGCUUAAUUAUGAUGAAAAUUACUGUUAUUGCAAUAUGCGAGAAAUGGACGGCCCUGAUCAUAAGAAAAACAAUAAUCCCAUGAACAAAAUAAGCAUAAGGAAUUCUUAUUCCAACAUAGAAUUAUCAUCAUCAACUUAUAAUGAUGAAGUUAAGACGACGGAGGAUUAUUGCGAUGCACCGGAAGACGGAGGCGGAGGUAAAGUGUACAGCGGUGGGCGGUGGACCGGUGGUGGCGGUGGUGGAGAUGGAUCUGGUUCGGGUUCGGGUUCAGGUUCUGAUGAUUCAAAUGGUUGGCAUGGGAAUGAAAAUACAGAAGCGUAUUACAAGAAAAUGAUCAAAACUUACCCGAGAAAUGCACUUUUACUUGCAAACUACGCAAGGUUUUUGAAAGAGGUUAAGGGGGAUUUAGUAAAAGCAGAGGAAUAUUGUGGAAGAGCUGUAGUGGUAAAUCCAAGGGAUGGGAAUGUGUUAUCACUUUAUGCAGAUCUAAUAUGGUUAACUCAAAAAGAUGCAUCUCGUGCCAAUGCUUAUUUUGAUCAAGCUGUUAAAUUUGACCCUCAUGAUUGUUAUGUAGUGGCAUCAUAUGCUAGGUUCCUGUGGGAUGCUGAAGAGACUGAUGAGGAAUUGAAGUAAAAGAGCUAAGUGGAAUUAUAGUAUGCAUGGAUUCCUACCUCGUGAAGAUGGAGAAGUUGUUUUCGAAAGACACUUAAAAACUAGUCACUCGUCAAAUUAAAUGAACACUUUAAGUUUAAAAAAAUCACAAUUCGAAAGGCAAUAAUGCACGAGGUCGAAUGAAUAUUAAAAAAUUAUCAUUAUUCGAAUCAUAGUGGACGAAUUCGAUCAUAAUGGUUUUUGGUUACUUUUAGUUGGACUUUUUAAAACAUGUGAAAUUUAUUUUUCGAAAUUAUGAUCAAAUUAAAAGUUUGAACUCUCAUAAUCUAAAAAAUUUCACAUAAAUGGAAAAGUGGGAGUGUAUGCAAUCCUUUAUUGGGCUCUAGAAAGUGGAAAUUCAUCCUUAAACAAACUGGCAAAAUAUGGGCCUGACCGAUGACUGUUUCUGAGCCAAGUGUGACAAUUAAGUCCUACUCCAGAUUGUCUUUUUAUUUUCUUCUUUUUCUGCUGGUUAUUAUUUUUUUGGUCCGUCUAGAUAUGUGAUAUGAAAUCAUGAUUGAAAUCAAAUAAAUAUGCAGUUGAAUUUUAUUUA